AUGCUAGACCCAGUCCCACCUCCCCCUGCGUGGUUGCGGGAGGCUGUCGAGCCGUGGGCUUUGCGUUUCAGCCUGCCUGUUCUAGCAGAUCACUGUCAUGAAGUCAUCACUGUCUUCAUUGUUUACCUCUUUAUCCAUUACGUCCUCUCGCCAUGGCUUUCUGCGAAGCUAUUCCCACGUCACUACCCCAAUCUCAAUAAGCGUACGCAGCUUAACUGGAAUGUCCACGUUGUGUCGCUAGUCCAAAGCACUUUCAUAUGUGCUGUCGCCCUAUGGGUGCUAUUCACAGAUGAAGAGAGAAUGUCUAUGUCUUCUGGGGAGCGAGUCAUCGGAUAUAGUGGGGCAUGUGCUUUGAUUAGCUCCCUUGCAGUGGGAUACUUCAUCUAUGACCUGAUUGUCAGCGCCAUCUAUGUCAAAUUGUUCGGUAUUGGCAUGCUCUUCCAUGCGAUUUCUGCGCUCUGGGUGUUCAGCUUUGGAUUCAGACCUUUUGUUAACUUCUAUGCUCCCACAUUUAUCCUUUAUGAACUCUCUAGCCCCUUCCUCAAUAUACACUGGUUCCUGGACAAGCUCAACAUGACCGGUUCAUCCCUACAAUGGUACAACGGCAUGGCACUUCUCGUUGUGUUCUUCUUCUGUCGUCUCUUCUGGGGAACCUGGCAGUCUGCAAUCAUCUAUAUGGAUAUGUUCGAUGCUGUCAGACAAACCUGGGCCGCCGGUCCUUCCUCUCCGCUCAACCCUGUCAACAUCUCCGCACAGAUUUUCCAAGCCCGCGGCGAUGGGUCACUCUGCAUCAACGAGGCUUGCGUUAGGGCCAACGCGGAAAUAAUCAAGUACUCCAACUAUACUGCCGGUGGAGUUCCCACCUGGCUGGUCGCUACCUAUAUCACCUCCAACUUGAUCCUCAACGGCCUCAAUUACUACUGGUUCUCAAAGAUGAUUGAGACCGUCAUGAAACGCUUCCGCCCCUCUCCUGCACCCAAGGACGCUUCAGUCAAGGAUCAAAAGAACCCCACGGAGCACAACAAGGAGAACAGCUCGAUGGAGGACCUCGCGCAACAGGCGGUUCUUGAUGCCGCGUCCAAGUUGGAACAGGAAGAAGGAAGCUUAUUUCUAGGUGAUGUCAACCAAUCAGCUGCCUCGGGAAUUGAUGCUGGUCUUUCGGAUCUACGAAACAGGAAGACUUAA